GCAGCGGCAUCAACAGGUGCCAGCAUCGUCGCCCAGCGCUUGACGGAAUUCAGCUGGACAUGUUUAUUGACCGGAGGCGUCCGUCUUGCAGCAUUUUAAACCUCGCAGAAGUCGACUGUUGACCAUUGCAUGGAAUUGUGCAUACUGGAUCACUAUGCUGCUCAAUUGGGAUGCAAACGAACUCUAUCUGAGCCCGCUCACUGCCGGCCUUCCACGCGGCAUCGAUCUGUUAGCCGCGAAAAAUCUCGUCCUAGAGCUCACCUACUCGGUCGCCCACCGGGUGCAAGCGCUUGUUCAGGAAUUGUGCGACCAGACCAUGAGAUCCAUGAGCAGGGCCGACGAGCAUCAGAACCCGGUCACCCUCUGCUGUGCGCUUUGGAUCGUCUUUACAGCCACUCACAAGUUUGAGAAGCGAAACUUCACUGCAACCAGCCUAGCAAACUUGAGAAACUUCCUCAGCAAGCUCCAUGAGCGAUCCAGAGCCGCAAUACAGGCCAUCAACCAUCACAAAUGGAUGGCCAGUGCCCGCUGCUGCGGCCAUGCAAGGGACAAUCAAGGCGACUUUGCCAAGUUGAUUGCGGAAGCCAAACGCCCAAAAGCAACCGUUAGUUUUGCUUUCGAGCGACACGUCGCCGAUACGACCAUGUUGCAGAUUUUCUGCGGGGGCGACAUCCUCAACUCUGGAUUCCGACCACAGCGUUAUCUGAAGUUCUGGAAGCCGAAGCAUCUCUCCUGCAGAAUAACGACCUGUUUGACGUCCGAGCCUGCUGGGAUAUGACGGCACCGUGGCCUUCGGAUGCAUUCUGGAAG